UUGUUUGGACUCUGUCAGGCUGCGAGAACCGUGAACAUUGAAGGGACUCACACAGUGCCUUUGGCUCUAAUGUCUGGUUCAAUUUUGUGAAAUUCGUCGUGUUACUCGAAGAUACCUCUUCUAUAUAGAUCGUGCAACGUUAGUACAUGGAAUCGAGGGCAUGUUGCAUUGUAUCGUCAUAUCCUUAGAGCAUAUUGGUACUAACCACUAGCCAUUCUUCUCACGUCAUCAAGCCAUCCAGACUCGGCCAGUUUCAGCUUCAGCUGCGACGAGAGUCUAUCGUACUCGCCUGACUGGAUGAGGUUCGUUUGUAUCUUCACUUUGAGCUGUUCUGGGUCCAUUUCUCUGGUCUGUUUGUCUGUUUGUCUGUUUGUCUGUUUGUCUGUUUGUCCGUGUGUGAUCAACUUUCUCGGGGAAGUGAUUUUUUCGCAGCUGAGUGCUUUGUGCUUGCUCCUUAUACCUUGACAUAUAACUAAUGAUACUAAAGCCUCAACAGCUGAGCCAAAUUCAAAGGGUUUCCAAGCGUCUUUUGAGCAUGCCAGCGAGUAAAGGAUCACCAAGCAAUGCAAAGAUUCUUAGCAUUGAACCUCUGCCAACGCAGGAUGCCAAAUGGACCAAGUUAGAGAAGAUCACGUAUCAGGACCCAGCUGGCAAGGCUCGUCUCUGGGAGUGUGCGAGUCGUACUACAAGACCAGAGGGGUCUGAGGUUGAUGCUGUGGCAAUAGUGGCCAUCAUCGACAAGCCAGAAGGCCCUGAAAUCGUCCUUGAGAAGCAGUUCAGGCCACCAACGUGCGGCGUGUGUAUCGAGAUGCCUGCCGGGUUGGUUGAUCCCAACGAAUCCGUGGAAACCACUGCGAUCAGAGAGCUGAAGGAGGAAACCGGCUACCAUGGGACGGUGCUAUCCAAGAGCAUGGUGAUCUACACGGAUCCCGGCUUCUGUAACACCAAUUUGAACCUGAUCACUGUGAAGAUUGACCUUGAAGACGAGAGAAAUAAGAAUCCAGUGCCACAGCUGGAAGAUGGCGAAUUCAUCGAGAUCUUUACUGUGCCAAUGGCAACUCUUAGCGAACAACUUGAACAGUUGCACAGAGAAGGUUAUAAGAUUGAUUCAAGGGUUCAAAACGUCGCUACUGGCAUCAAGAUUGCACAACAGUUCAAAUUGUAGUGGCGCAACAGGGAAACCAGCCACCAAAGAAGGGAGAACACAUUAUACUACCAAAUACAGCACUUUACAUACGGGUCUAUCAAGGCGUAUGAUGUAGCUCUCUUUAGAGGAAAUAGUGUUGAUAUCUGGUGAUAAUUAGGUAUGGGGUCGUAAACAUCCAAACACCAUCUGAUGGAGGCUAUUAUCGACCGGGUAACCGCUUCGGCUUCAUCGGGCAGAAAAAAAAAUAUCGACACUUGCAGGGUUCGAACCUGCGCGGGAAAUCCCAAAAGAUCACUCGAAUAGAUUCAAGUCUUUCGCCUUAACCACUCGGCCAAAGUGCC